CGCCGCAUCAUCAUCAUCUGCCGCCUCUUCUCCACCUCGCGUCCUGCCAUCAAUGGGCGACGCAUUAGGAGAAGCCAUCGUGGCUCAGGGAGUCAGCGAUCAGCCUCUCGAGAAGACGUCGCAGCCCGUCAAGCAUUCCGUAGAGGAGGCGGACCUCGAGGAAGGCAGCGACAAGGAUGCACGCAACCUUUCACGGACAAGCGUCGAAUCCGUCUCCUUUGGCUUUCGGCAUAAUUUGCUGCCGCUCAGCUUGAGUGGGAGGAGCUACGAUGAGGAUGAUGACGGAGAGAGCGAUGGCGGUAGCUCUGAUGACCACAAGAGAGGAAUUGGCUCAGCCGCUCGCCACGAGUAUGGCGAAGUCGAGGGGAGCGCCUCGGCCGCAGCCUCACGAUCAAUAUCACGCUCACGGUCGCGACGUCGCAGAGAUCCGGAGCGACGUAUGAAUUUGAUAGACGGAGUGGCCCUAACGGUUGGUCUGCAGAUAGGGAGCGGUAUCUUCUCUUCGCCGGGGGUGGUCACGCUCAACACUGGGUCUGUUGGGUCCUCCUUGGUCGUCUGGCUGGCCUCUGGAAUGCUGGCGUGGUGCGGAGCUGCUAGCUUCGCUGAGCUAGGGUCGGCGAUACCACAGAAUGGAGGGGCGCAGGCCUAUUUGAACUACUCGCUGGGCGGGCUGCCGAGCUACCUCUUCAGUUGGACGGCAAUUGUCGCUCUCAAGCCCGGCUCUGGCGCCAUCAUAGCGAUCAUUUUCGGCGAGUACCUCGCUCGUGUCCUCUAUCACACCACGUCCUCCUCCGCCUCGACACCGCACUCUCAGUCUCUCGAUGGGAUCCCAGACUGGAGCAUCAAGCUCCUUGCCUCACUGAUCGUCAUUCUCAUCUCAGCACUCAACGCUCUCAGCGCAAAGCUCGGCACACGAAUGCAAGUGGCCACAACAGUCGUCAAGUUGAUCGCGCUGGUGGCCGUGCCCAUCCUGGCAAUCGUGACCGCUGCGAGGGGAAAGAUGCCGGACGAGUCGCGGGAGGCGUUCAGUUCUUUCGGGGCACUGUUCAAAGGGUCAUCCACUGCGCCCAGCGCCUAUGCGCUCGCUCUCUACUCGGGCCUGUGGGCGUACGAUGGGUGGGAUCAGGUCUCCUACGUGGCAGGAGAGAUGCGAAACGUCUCUCGUGACUUGCCCCGCGUCAUUCACUCAAGCAUGACGCUCGUAGUCUGCUUCUUCAGCAUCACGGUACUUUCCUACUUUCUGGUGCUACCGCCCCAACAGGUGGGCAGGACGAACACCGUCGCCCUCGACUUCGGCAGUGCAAUCCUCGGUACGGGCGGGGGAAUAGCGUUCAGCCUCCUCGUAGUGUUCAGCUGCUUCGGCGCCUUGAACUCGCAGAUCUACACCAGCUCACGACUCGUCUAUGCUGCAGGGCGGGAAGGGUAUCUUCCCUCCAUGUUCGGCUCCAUUCACAAGCGCACCGCCACCCCUGUUGCCGCGACCGUAUUUCAAGGCGUGAUGGUGCUGGUCUUCAUCCUCUUCGGCUCAGGAUUCGCAAGCCUCGUCUCCUUCUAUGGGGUGUGCUCCUAUACGUGGUACUUCCUCACCGUGGUUGGCUUGCUGGUGCUGAGAGUCAAGGAGCCCAACCUCGAGCGACCGUACCGCGCCUGGCUGGCCACGCCCGUCAUCUUUGCUACGACGGCCCUCUUCCUGCUGCUUAUGCCAAUCGCGAGCGCACCACUGGAGGCAGGGGCUGCCUUUCUUUUCAUGCUGGCUGGCUUGCCUGCGUACUUCAUCAGCACGGGAAAGGCAGCGGCGCUUUGCGGUAAGCGGUGGGGGUCCGCUGACGGCAAGGCUGGGCAACAGCCGGGCAUGCUGCACGAACACGAGGUGGACGAUGAUGAUCGUGAGGGAGGCAAUGAGGAGGAGGCGAUGGAGAUGCUGCCUUCUUCGUCGAGAGUAGCGAGCGCGAGCUUGCGACGCAGCGGGGAUGAUGAUGAUGAGGACGACGACGGGAGGAAGGGCAGACCAAUAGACAAGGGCAAGCAGAGAGCUGUGGACGAUGGCUGACGUGGAUGGGUGACGUGGAGAUGAUGAUGUCAUUGCAAGGAAGAGUUAACAGACGGCGGGCAUUCCGUGAUGAGAAGUCGUGGAGUCGUGCAGUCGUGAGGUCAUGAGGUCGUCGUGUGGCUACCAGCUUGAGGCAAAAGCGGCAGAGAGAGCUGCGACGGGCCAGGCAAGCUGGGUCGUUGAUGGAGCAGAGAACUGCGGGAGAGACGCGGAAGCUGAGCCUUCUCCACUGCCAUCGGCUGCGGAUCUAUUGCUGACUUGCAUGGGGGCCAGGCCGUUGAGAAUGCGUGCGGCCUGGAUGGUGCCGUUGACCUUGGGCGUGUCGAAGAAG